AUGGAACAUGUGCAGGCGCAAGUGAAGCGGACAGACACUACAAGGUGGCGUUUACGAGACAACGACAGUCGUCACACUUGGCACUAUCUCGAUAAUGACGCCGCAGCAAAAGACUGGCCACAAAGUUACGCGGACAAGUACUAUCUCGGCUUGCCUUUAGAUCUUCCUAAUCUGGGACGAGCAACGUCCUCUUUAGGUGCUGUGGAAAAUACAUUGACAUUUUUGGAAAAGUUGCAGCUCCCAUCUGGGCAUUGGGGAUGUGAAAGUGGCGGCCCUAUGACAUUUUGCGCAGGCAUAGUCAUUGCCUGGUAUGUCACAGAAACCGCAAUCCCCGACCACGUUGCAACCGAACUGCAGGCAUAUCUUGCUGCUAGAGUCAACCCACAAGUUGGAGGGUGGGGUAUUCAUACCACCGGAGACAGCAAUAUUUGCGGCACGACCUUGAAUUAUAUUGUCAUGAGAAUCGCCGGCAUGUCUCCAGAUCACCCUAUUCUUAUUCGAGCGAGAGAGUUUGUUCACUCGCAAGGAGUAGCCCUAUACUCAUCGUGCUGGGGCAAGGUCUGGAUGGCCAUCCUGGGCAUUGUGGACUGGGAUAUCGUCCAUCCAAUGCCUGCAGAACUCUGGCUGCUCCCCGACUGGAUGCCGUUCCACCCACGGAGGUUCUUCGCCGAGAUAAGGCUGCCCGGUCAGUCAAUGUCCUACCUGUAUUCGAAGAGGUGGAGAUGCAAGGAGACAGAUCUCAUCAGGUCGCUCAGAAAAGAACUUCUUGCUCAGCCAUAUGGAGACAUCGACUGGAAACGACACAGGACAACUGUCGCAAAGGAGGACUACAAGCAGCACAGGUCAUGGUUGGCUGAUGGCGUAAGCUGGGCUUACGUCAAUAUUUGGAAGCUCUAUUUGCUACCCAAGUCUAUGAAAUCCAGGGCAGAGGCCUGGCUGAGCGAGCUGAUUGAUGUACAAGCAAGCAAUACGUAUCAUGGUGGUAUUGCCGCAACCGACCAGCCACUGUCGACCAUUGUAUCCUUCUUCCGAGACGGCACCAACUCUGUUUCCUUGGCUAAAUAUGUCGAUAAAUUACAAGAAUUUCUCUGGAUGACUGGAGAUGGCCUGCAAAUCAACUCUACUAACGGCAGCCAGUCCUGGGACACUGCAUUCAUUGUUCAAGGCAUAUGUGCAGCCGGCCUACAUCGAGAUGAACACUGGAGAGAGAUGUGUGUGAAAGCCUUGCAGUUCUUUGAAAAGCAGCAAAUCCGACAAGACUGCCCCGAACAAGAAAAGUAUUAUCGCCAACAACGCAAGGGUUGUUGGGCUUUCAGCAAUAAGUAUCAAGGUUACGCCGUUAGUGACUGUACGGCCGAGGCGAUCAAGGCUGUAAUCAAGCUCCAAACUACCGUGCAUUAUCCCGUCCUGUUGGAAGAAGAGCGAAUAUUCGAUUCUGUGGACUCUAUCAUUCUGUAUCAGAAUAGCACCGGGGGCGUCUCCGCCUUUGAGGCACGACAAGGCAGCACAUAUCUUGAGCUGCUCAACCCUUCAGAAAUUUUUGCGGAGCUCAUGGUCGAGUACGACUUCCCAGAGUGUACGUCGUCAUGCGUCACGGCUUUGGCCCUAUUCAGAGAACACUGGCCACACUACAGGACCCGAGACAUUGAAAACUUUAUACAGCGCGGAGUCCGGUGGAUCAAAUCCGACCAGCGAGCUGAUGGUUCGUGGUAUGGAUUUUGGGCUAUUUGCUUCACCUAUGGUACCAUGUUCGGCUUGGAGGCGCUGGCUGCUGUGGGUGAGACCUAUGGGACCAGUUCAGCCGCCCGAGCAGCCUGCGACUUCCUCAUCUCGAAGCAGCGAGAAGAUGGAGGAUGGUCGGAAAGCAUACAAGGUUGCGAACACAAAAGAUAUAUAGAAGAUCCGCGGGGCUCACUUAUUGUGCAGACAGCUUGGGCGCUCAUCGCCUUGAUGGCUGGCGAGUACCCAGCCGUGGAACCGAUAAAACGUGGCGUCCAAUUUCUCAUGACCCGACAACAAAAUAAUGGCGAAUGGCUGGAGGAGGCGAUUCCAGGCGCCUUCCACCGUUUUUGUUCAUUUUCAUAUCCCAAUUACAAGUUUUCCUUUACUAUCCGUGCUCUAGGUAACUUUGCGACAAGGUACCCGGAAGAAAAGAUUCCAGCACAGGCCUAG